GUCAGAACUCGCGGGACGGUUAAGCGUGGCAAAAUAUUCUGCAAGUCUAGUCAGUUUACAGGAUGUCGGAGGAGAUUCUCCAUAACGAAGAUAAAGAGACACUGAGGAGAAGACUGGAGCACUUGAAGCAAGAAUAUGAAAGGACGGCACAAAGACUACAGAGAGCAGAGCAUCAUGAUGCCAUUCGCAGACACAGACUUACACAGAUUGAGUCGUCACAGAUGUCUGAGCCGUGCUCUGCAACUUCUUCCACGUCAACCUCAGAUCAUUUUGAAAACCAUCAGAAUCUGCAAUUACAAACAAACAGAAACAUCUCAGGUUUUUCUGCUGCAGAGAAAAUCCCUGCCAUCCAGUUGCAACUUGCUGAGAUUACAUCCACACCGCCUUUAUAUUCCCCUGCAUGCAAGCGAAGCCCUGCACACCGGCUCCGUUCAAAACGCAGUCGACUGCGCCUACAGAACAAAGAGCGAGAAUCAGACACUGACCUCAGCCAAGAGAAUAUCCAUGAAAGAGAGAACGCAGAAAUAAGGGAAUGUCCUAACAUUAAAGAGAACAGUCUGAAAAAAGUUAAAAAUGAAGAGAAGGACUUUGAAAAGAUAAUAAAAAGAGACACUGAGAAGGAGAAGAGCAAUGAUAAGCCAAUAAGAGUAAAAACAAAUAGUAAAAAUGAGAAGCCACCUCAAGAUCUGGAAAAUGAUGGGAAAAAAGAGGAACAUUGUGUAUUAAACUGCUCUGUGAGCCAGACAAAUGACAAAUUGUCAGUGGUUUCAAGUGUAGAAAAUCAAAACACUGACAGUAGCAAGGUAGAGGUUGAUUUACCUCUUACUGAUCGGCCUGUUAAGGAAGAAUUACACUCCAGUUCACCAGGGUCUACCCAUACCUCAUUUUUCUCUCAGUCUGCUCAGGCAACUGACAAUUCAGGAGAGAUGCUAAAACAAACCAAACAGUCAUCCACAAAAAAAGAUUAUGAUGACAAGAUGGAUGUUAAACACUCCUCAUUUACAUCUGGUGUUCUAGACUCAUGCACACUUGUUGAGGGUUUACCAUUCCCAGUGGAGUAUUAUGUUCGGACGACACGACGGAUGGCUGCUUCUAACAGCUCCAUCGAUCUAGAUGCUGUCAUUUAUAGCCAGCUCACUGGGGGGCGGGGCAGACGCAGACUCAGCCAAUCACAAGUGAGCAGUAGAGGUCAGGUAACCCCAGAACGUUCGGAACCAGUCUGUAGGUCCACUGACCAACCCAGAGGCAGAGGUAGAGGACGGAGAGGGAGGAGAGGACGUCGAAGAACGUCUGUAGGACGGACCUCAAGUGCCAAUUUUACAGCAUAUUCUACAGAGUCUUUUAACAAAUCUCAGUUGGUCCUUGAAGGUCCGCAGGUUGAGUCUCAUUCAAACGAUUUGCAUGGGACUGCAGUGAAUUUGAACCCAAGUCCAGAGCAUGGAGCUACUCAAGAUUUAAAGCAUCUCCCAGAUUCUCAGCUUUACAUUGAUUCCCAACUCCUCCCGGAUUCAAAUUUGUACCCUAUCUUCAGGAGAAAGCUUGGACAAACUGGACUAGAGUCUCAGACAGCAACAAAUAAGAAUGAUCAGUCACCUUUUUUACCAUCAUUAGCUACACUCAUUCAAACUCUUCAAGAAAAGGAAACAAAAACUGGACAAAUAACUCCUGAUGGUAUCCAGGAUUUCCACUUACCCGAUGAGGAUUUUGGCCAGCUAAAGCUUGCAAGAUUACGCUUGCCCACUUCAAUUGUAGAACCCUUCCCACAGCACCCUCUAGUGUACAAAACAAGGCAGAGCAACAGGCGCCAGAGAGUCAGAAAGUGUAAUACUGAAGCACAUUGCUCAGUGGGGGAAAUAUUUACUCCAGAACCCAUAAUUACCUCUUCAUUUGAGGAUAGUUUACCACUUUGUCAAUCAGACCCCAUUGAUCAAUCACAGACAGAGAUACAAAAGGAUCUUCAUGCUGUUAUUGAAAUCUCUUCAGCUCUGAUGAACGGUACUGAAUCAGACGAAUGCAUAAAUAAUGAGAAAAAGGUUGAGGUUCCACUUGAAUCCUCUGAAACAGAACAUAUUAAAGGGCAGCAAUCACAAAUACAAAAACAAUCUGACAUACUCUCAGAGAAAACCUCACUUUCCCCUGUGAUACUGAAGUUGAGUCCAUCUUUGACCACGCACACGCAGAAGAGUCAAGAUCCUGUGCUGCCAUCUCUAGGAAUGUCCCCUCACUUUUUGACUCCAGGUUCACCCUUAGAUCUCCGGACACCUCUCUUUUCAUCAUCUGGCAUCCUUAAGUCUCCCUCUUCAGUGACAUUCAUAGGUUGUCUUUCUCCAGAUUCAGUCUCAGCCAACAUUUCAGAGAACAUGAAAAAUAGUAACUUUAUAAAGCGAGGAGGUCGAGCUGAAGUCCGAAGAGGCUCUAGGAUACAGACACCAUCUAAAAUUAGUCAAGAAUCAAUAACAAAAGCUCAAAAUAAUGUGCAACUGGAUAUGUCAUCUCAGAGCAACAUUGCAUUGGGAUAUGAACAUUUAAAAAGCUCAGAAACCCCAAAGAGUGAGACCUCAUGCAUCUCAGGAAAUGAACUGGAACAUGAAAGCAGUUUUGAUAAAGAAAGCAAUCUUGAAUGUGGAAAUAAAACCAACUGCACAACAGAAAAUGAAGCUCAGCUCUACAAUAAUCACCAACUGGAGAGUUUUAAUACUGAUCAAAAUUGUGAAAGCUCUGAGCUUUGGUGUCAAACCCAAAGUAAUGCAACUAUAAAUGCAAAACCAUUUCAUUGUGAGAAUGAAUCUGGUUCUGUAAGUCAAACUCCCUUUGAUAAGACCUCUUUGGACACUUCUGCCAAUCAGAGAACAGAAAGAAGCAAUCAGUCAGAGGAAUUUUCUUCCAACAAUCUGACAUUAUUUCAUGAGCAAGCGCCAUUCUCUGAUGCAGGUCAUUUUUCCACAGUCUUGGAGCAGAUGCAUACUUUUAAGGCGCUGGAAGAUGGAUGCGUGUUGGAUUUGUGUUUGGUGCGAUGGCCAUCAGAGGACUGCUGCAUAUGUGUGGCUGGACAAUGGAGUGUUUGUCUUUGGGCUCAAAGGAAGGGAGAUCAGACGUGGAGUCUUUUACAUUCCUGGACAUUUGCUCAGUCCGUCAUGUCUUUGCAAGCAAUUGCAGACUCUUCUGGGUUGCUUUGUGUGACUCUUGGUCACUUGGAAAUUGCAGAGGCAAGGGUGCUUUGCUGUCCAGGUAAUGAUGGACCAUUCUCUCAGACUGUUGUGUGCACGGACACGUUACAAGCAGUGGUCGGUGUGUCCAACUGUCGGCUUGUGUGUUGCUCCACCCCUGGAUAUCAACAAAGAGUCAGCAUGCUAACAUUGUCUCAAGAGGGAAGUGUGGUGAAAACCCUUCCCUUCAUCUCUGCUAAGCAGAACAUUCAGACUCUUGCUGCUGUAGAGGGAGAAAAGAAGGCUCUAGUUGGUUGGACAGAAUGUAAAACCCUCCUCAUAUGGAGCAUGAAGUCAGGCCAGCUGCUUCAGGCUGUAUGCCUGGAAAAGACUUUAACCAUGACCAACUGCAUGAAGGGAUAUUCUUAUAGAGGUGUGCUGUGUGUAUUGCUUCAAAAUUCUGGAAAAGUGUGUGAUGAAGAGAUUAACACAUGCCUUUUUACUCUGAUUGCCACAAAUCCUCUCACUGGCAAACACAUCACACUGUCCUCCAUCAACCACCCUGAUCAGCCCAAACAGCAGUUAAUAGAUAGUGAUGUCUCGGGCUCUAGGCUGGUUGGUGUUUUCCAGAAUGGUCAUCUUGCUGUUUGGGAUCUCCGAGAGAGUGUGGCUAAAGCAGCUGUUGUGCUGGACGAGUCGUGUCGAUUAGCUCGCUGGGCAGGACCAGACACACUACUGACCGGAUAUCUCAAUGGGGAUGUCAGUGUGUUUCGUUAUAAAUCGACAUAAAUGGAUCAUACAAAAUUUCUGUGAAUCUUUUUUAAUUGUUAAAGAAAAAUUAAGAUACAUUUAGAGAUUUUGGUUGUUUGUGCGAGUUGUGCACUGUCCCAUGCAAACUAUUCAUUAAUAUAAGCAUUACCAGAGAAAUAUUUAUACUUUUGCAUAUGUAAAAAUAUAUUUUACAAAAUAAUAAAACAUAAUU